AGAUUAGCUUUCUUCCUCCUUCUAGUUCAGUCCUUUGGCUAAUAUGCAAGGGCCCGCAGAAGCUAUGGACUUGCAUUUUUGAGCUUGGCAAAGUGCAUAGAUAGAAGACAGGGCUUUCCGACUGGGAGGAGGGAGGAGAGCCGAAGAUACCUGCUUGGGCUGGCUGAUCUAAGCAGUCAAAGUGGGAGGCUGAGUGCUUGAAAGAGGACUAUGCUCGCACUAGAAAUAAAUCUGUGGUUCUCUGGUCAGCAAGUUCUGGCAAUGAAGCCACUGCCGCAUGUGCAAAGAAUUCUGGGAUGCCUGACAGUGAAAUGGAUGGAAGGGCUCACAUUCCAUCUCUACUUAAUGUCCUUUUGUCCAGAAAUCGGGUCAUGCAAAUGAGCUACUUGAAAAGUAAAGAACAAGGAUAUGGAAAACUAAGCAGUGAUGAAGACCUGGAAAUAAUUGUUGAUGAAAAGCAGCUGGUGAAUGAGCAACAAGAAAGCAGACCCCUCCUGAGUCCUUCCAUCGAUGACUUUCUCUGUGAAACCAAAUCGGAAGCUAUUGCAAGGCCAGUAACAUCCAAUACAGCUGUGUUGACUACAGGCUUAGAUCUCCUCGACCUGAGUGAACCAGUCUCCCAGACUCAAAGCAAAGCCAAGAAGUCAGAACCUUCAUCCAAAACUUCAUCUCUCAAGAAAAAGGCUGAGGGACCUGACCUCAUCAGCACAGAUGUUGAGCAGAGAGGCCAGCCCCUCCAAGUCACAGAGACUUCAUCCUUAGAUUUAGACAUUCAAACACAACUGGAAAAAUGGGAUGAUGUUAAGUUUCAUGGAGAUCGAAAUAGCAAGGGGCAUCCAAUGGCAGAGAGAAAAUCAUGUUCAUCUAGAGCUGGAUCAAAAGAGCUUUUAUGGUCUGCGGAACACAGAUCUCAGCCAGAACUGAGUGGUGGCAAAAGUGCCCUCAACUCUGAGUCAGCUUCGGAGUUGGAAUUAGUGACCCCAGCACAGGCCCGACUGACCAAGGAACAUCGCUGGGGAAGUGCAUUACUUUCCAGAAACCACUCCUUGGAAGAGGAAUUUGAAAGGGCAAAGGCAGCAGUAGAGUCAGAUACAGAGUUUUGGGAUAAGAUGCAAGCAGAGUGGGAAGAGAUGGCCCGGCGGAAUUGGAUAUCUGAGAACCAAGAAGCCCAGAACCAAGUCACAAUCUCAGCAAGUGAGAAGGGAUAUUACUUUCACACUGAAAACCCCUUCAAGGACUGGCCUGGAGCAUUUGAAGAAGGCUUAAAAAGGCUGAAGGAGGGAGACCUGCCAGUCACCAUCCUGUUCAUGGAGGCAGCAAUUCUUCAGGACCCUGGAGAUGCAGAGGCAUGGCAAUUCCUCGGGAUUACCCAGGCAGAGAAUGAAAAUGAACAAGCAGCCAUUGUCGCCCUCCAGAGGUGCUUAGAAUUGCAGCCUAACAACUUAAAAGCUUUGAUGGCCUUAGCUGUGAGUUACACGAACACAGGCCAUCAGCAAGAUGCCUGUGAGGCUCUGAAGAAUUGGAUCAAGCAAAAUCCAAAGUACAAAUACCUUGUGAAAAGCAAGAAGGGAUCUCCAGGCCUUACUCGGAGGAUGUCUAAGUCCCCAGUUGACAGCUCUGUUCUGGAAGGAGUGAAAGAAUUAUAUCUGGAGGCUGCCCACCAAAAUGGAGAUGUGAUUGACCCAGACCUGCAGACAGGUCUGGGAGUGCUGUUCCACUUGAGCGGGGAGUUUAACAGAGCAAUAGAUGCAUUUAACGCUGCCUUAACUGUUCGGCCAGAGGACUAUUCCUUAUGGAACCGCCUUGGGGCUACCUUGGCAAAUGGAGACCGAAGUGAGGAAGCUGUGGAAGCCUACACUAGAGCACUGGAGAUCCAGCCAGGCUUCAUUCGCUCCAGAUACAACCUGGGGAUCAGCUGUAUCAAUCUGGGAGCCUACAGAGAAGCGGUCAGCAACUUUCUCACUGCCCUCAGUUUGCAAAGAAAGAGCAGGAAUCAACAGCAAGUUCCUCAUCCUGCAAUCUCUGGUAACAUCUGGGCUGCCCUCAGAAUUGCCCUGUCUCUGAUGGACCAACCAGAACUCUUCCAAGCAGCCAACCUCGGUGACCUGGAUGUUCUUCUAAGAGCUUUCAACUUGGAUCCUUGAAGGAAAAACAAAAAGAAGUAAACAUAAAGAAUAAUAAUCCCUCGCCUGUGUUAUUGUACUGACAAGUGAAAAAAUAUUUUAUUAUGAAUUUCAAAAAAGAUAUAUCAGAUAUUCAAAAGGCCAUGAUCAUAUAACCCAAGGGAAUUAGUUCCCACUGACAAUGCCCAAUCUCUGUUCAGAUCCAGAAGCCCAAAAUGCUGUAAGCAGAGCCAAGGUCAGAUACAAAAGAAGAAUUGAAAGACUGAAGAUAAACCAAGAUAAAGUAUGAGUACUCUUCAGGAGUUGCAAGUGUAUUGUAAAACAUGUUCUUUGGAUAUCUUGUUUCCAUCUGCCCCUGAGGGCAAAUCUGAGGAAGUUGUUCAAGGGACUUAUGAAGAAAGCCCUGCCUGAGUUGAGGGAAUUCAGACUAUUUCUAACCUGUCCCUUGAAAUUCCCUCUUUCGCAAGACUGAACAUAGUUUGGGCCAUUGGUGCAUGCACAUAUAUUAACUCAACUAAAGACACACAUUGCUUACCCCUGCUCCAGUUUUCACUUUUAUUGUAGCCCUUUGUUUCCAGAGAGGGAGCUUUGCUGGCAAAAGCAGUUUUGCACUAGAAAUUUUUGCUGUUCCCAAUCAAAACUUUUCUGGGAAUGUAUAUAUGCACUUUAAUAUCUUACUUAUGCCUUGCUGGAGGUUUGUUUUGUUGCUCCAAUUUUUAACUUGGGUGUGAAAGGUUUGGGAACUGAGAAGUGUUAAAUGGACCAAAUAAAAUGUUAUGGAAAAUACUUUUUCAUAGU